AGUCCUCCCAGGUGGGAGCAGGAUCGGCCACCGGACCCGCCCUCCUAGAAGCCCAGCGGGGCCGGCGUAGGCUGCGCGGCUCGUGGUGGGAGGAGCGCGGCGCUGCCUCAGGAGCCGCCGCGGUCCCUGUCCUCCCACCCGCCCGUCCCUCCUGUAGCUCGCCUGCUGGGCAGGGCCGGCCCGUCCAAGCCAUGGAGUCCUACGACAUCAUCGCCAACCAACCCGUAGUGAUCGACAACGGCUCAGGAGUGAUCAAGGCUGGCUUUGCUGGAGACCAGAUUCCCAAAUACUGUUUCCCAAACUAUGUCGGGCGCCCUAAGCACAUGCGGGUGAUGGCUGGAGCCUUGGAAGGGGACCUCUUCAUUGGACCAAAAGCAGAGGAGCACCGGGGGCUGCUGACCAUCCGCUACCCCAUGGAGCAUGGCGUGGUACGAGACUGGAAUGAUAUGGAGCGCAUCUGGCAGUACGUCUACUCCAAGGAUCAGCUGCAGACCUUCUCCGAGGAGCAUCCUGUUCUUCUAACGGAGGCUCCACUCAACCCAAAUAAGAACCGGGAGAAGGCAGCAGAGGUGUUCUUCGAGACCUUCAAUGUGCCGGCCCUGUUCAUCUCCAUGCAAGCUGUGCUCAGCCUGUACGCCACAGGUCGUACGACGGGAGUGGUUCUAGACUCGGGGGAUGGUGUCACUCACGCAGUCCCCAUCUACGAAGGCUUUGCCAUGCCACACUCUAUCAUGCGGGUGGACAUUGCCGGCCGUGAUGUCUCCCGGUAUCUCCGGCUGCUGCUGCGCAAAGAAGGUGUCGACUUUCACAGCUCAGCUGAGUUUGAGGUGGUCCGGACCAUCAAAGAGCGAGCCUGCUACCUGUCCAUCAACCCGCAGAAGGAUGAGGCUCUGGAGACGGAGAAGGUGCAGUACACCCUGCCAGAUGGCAGUAUGCUUGAUGUCGGGCCAGCCCGAUUCCGGGCCCCUGAGCUGUUGUUCCAGCCAGACCUGGUAGGGGAUGAGAGCGAAGGGCUCCACGAGGUACUGGCCUUCGCCAUCCAUAAGUCUGACGUGGACCUCCGCCGGACACUCUUCGCCAACAUCGUACUCUCGGGUGGUUCAACACUUUUCAAAGGCUUUGGUGACCGAUUACUAAGUGAAGUGAAGAAACUUGCUCCAAAGGACGUCAAAAUCAAGAUCUCGGCUCCUCAGGAACGGUUAUACUCCACAUGGAUUGGUGGCUCCAUCUUGGCCUCGCUGGACACGUUUAAGAAGAUGUGGGUAUCCAAAAAAGAAUAUGAAGAGGAUGGUUCCCGUGCUAUUCAUCGUAAAACCUUCUAG